CCCCUUCAAACUAAAUCCCCAUCUCUCUCUCAAGCUCUCCUCGAAAGAAGCAGGCCAAAACAAAACCUUUCCAAGAAACGAUGUCGCCUUCGUCGUCGUUCAGGAAGCCCUCGUGCCUUUCACGGAGAUUCUCGGGAUCGUGGAGAUCAUCGUCCAAAACGGCGGCGUUAGCAACGGUCUCGCCCACGGCCAACCAGCCGGAUUUGUCUUCCUCGUCUUCGUCUCCGGCGGGGGAGGGACGGGAUUCCUGGUCCACAUUGCUGCCGGAGUUGUUAGGUGAGAUCAUGGAGCGCGUGGAGGCGAGUGAAGAUCGGUGGCCUCUGAGGCAAAACGUCGUCGCAUGCGCCUGCGUAUGUAAGAAGUGGAGAGAAGCUAUGAGAGAGAUCGUUAGGGCUUCUUCUCCUGGUAGCGGAAAAAUCACUUUUUCUACAUGUCUUAAACAGCCUGGUCCAAGUGAUAUUCCAAACCAGUGUAUUAUAAAGCGGUGCAAAAAGAACUCGACAUUCUACCUCUAUCUUUCUCUUACACCAUCGUUCACCGACAAGGGGAAGUUUCUAUUGGCAGCAAAAAGAUAUCGACAUGGUGCUCAUAUUGAGUAUAUUCUAUCCCUUGAUGCAGAUGAUAUAUCUCAAGGUAGCAAUGCCUAUGCUGGGAAGAUAAGUUCGGAUUUUUUAGGUACCAACUUUACGAUCUUUGAUAGUCAGCCACCCCACAGUGGUGCCAAACCUUCGAGCAGUAGAUCAAGUCGCAGAUUUGCAACUAAGCGAAUCAGCCCCCAAGUUCCAGCUGGCAAUUUUGAGGUGGGAAAAGUGUCUUACAAGUUCAAUCUCUUGAAAUCAAGAGGUCCGAGGAGGAUAAUCUGCUCUGUGAAAUGCCCUUUGCCAGAAGAAAGGACCGACAAGCAUUUAGAUGACUACGAAGAGAAAAUGCCCGAGAAUGCUGCACCCGGUCAUACAAUUUUGAAGAACAAAGCUCCAAGAUGGCAUGAACAUUUACAGUGUUGGUGUUUGAAUUUCCACGGUCGGGUAACAGUAGCAUCUGUGAAAAACUUUCAGCUGUCUGCGAUUGUAGACCCAAGCCAACCAGGAGGGAAAGGAAAUGAGGAAACGGUUCUCCUCCAAUUUGGGAAAGUUGGGGAUGAUACAUUCACCAUGGAUUAUAGGUAUCCCUUGUCACCCUUUCUUGCAUUUGCCAUCUGCAUAACAAGCUUUGGUACGAAAUGGGCUUGUGAAUGAUUUACUUUUCAAGUGUUAAUAUUUGUAUUGAGUUUACAUG